AAUCUCUGUAAAUACAUUUUAUAUUAUUAUUUCUUUCUAUUACAUUUUAUUAGUAAAUUCAUCAUUCAUAUUUACUUGACACUGCUGUAUAUAAGCUUAAAAAAACUAUAUCACAGAGAUAAAAAAAACUAAUCAGAUAAAAGAAAGUGGCGGGAAAAUUUGCACGUGACAUGGUUGCUUAGCAACCUGAGAGAGUAAACAAAAAUCUGAAAAGUGACACAUAGUUUUAUUACUCAAUUCUGAAAAUGAAGAUGUCGGCGUUUGUCUCUUAUUGGCUCUCUUUGUUUUCGUAUAUCUGUGUAUUUCGUAUGUCUUUCGAGUGUGAAAUGAUGUGUCUUACAAUAGAAGUAUUAAAAUUGCGCUUAUCGUAGUCUACAAUCAAACGGGACAGAAUUAUUACGAGCAAUUAGCGGCGUAUAAUUCGAUGAGUCUGCAUCUGCAGCGGAUUUUAUCAGCCAAAAGCGUAGUUGAUACAAAAAAUAAAAGAUACAUAUUAGCAAAACGAAAUCAUCUAUGCAAAGUGCACAAACCUGAAGAUAAAAGAUUUUAUUCACGUUUGGAAGAAACUGACGAUGUCAUUAACAUUUUGGCUUACGAUACUCAUCAUCAUCCAAUGGUCGUAUUGAGAAUGAAUUUAAAUCCAAAGCAUAUUAAUUGUUGCAAAUUGUUAAAUCAUCAGAAAAUGAAUGUUUGUUGCAAUGGAACAUGUUGUGAAAAAAAUGGGCAAAUAGAUUGUGUACAACAGUCAGUCUCAAAAAAUCGAACACUGACACAUUUGCCAAAGCAUAAUAAAUUUAUGUCAGAGUUUAUUUGUAGAAAAGAAUCAAAAUCCACACAAAAGACUUAUAGAAUUGAUCCAUUAACAUACUCGCAACAGAGAUAUGAAAAAAACCUUUGUGCACCUUGUGCGAUCACUACAGAGAGCUUGUCACAAGAAACAACUGACCGUUGUUCAGUGUCUUCCAUUUCAAAAAGUGACGAUUAUUUCGACGACAAAUCCGCCAAAAAAUGCGCGUCGAAACAAUUUCUACGUCAAAGAGAGAAAGAAGAAAAACAAUAUAUCAAAUUCGUCUAUGACAUUACUAAAGAGAUAAUGCAGAAAGGUCUUUAUACCGAUAAAGAGUUACGGGAUGUGUUUAAAAAACAUAUCAAUCAAAAUAAAGGAGUAUUAAAUAUGAAUAAAAUGCUGUGUGAAAUCUAUCAGCUAAAAAUUUCCUUGAACAUAUUAGAGGAUUCAGACACGGAUGAAGAAUUAGAGGAUCUAGUUUAUGCGCAAAAGUUACUGACAGUAUCUGAAAUCAGACCGCCCACACCGCCAAAGGUUCUUGAUGAAAAUAAAGUAGUAGAGAAACUAAAAUCUUAUCAGAAAAUGAUAAAUAGUGAGAGUAAACCGUCAAAUUUUACUGGAAAGUCUGUAACGCUAGUCGAUGCGAAUCCCGAUCUGCUUAUUACCGAGAGAGAUGUUCUGAUGUCAUUGGUGGAAGUAGGCAUAAAUCCUAAACAGGCUCAGCAUAUUUGUAAAACUUUACUUCACAAAAGCAGAGAUACAGCUCUUAUCGAAACUGUGCAAGUAGGCGCAGAAGUUUCAUACUUACUGAAUAAUUCAAAACUGCAAGAAAUGGAAAAUCUUCGUGUUACUGAUGAUUCACUGAUAAGACAGAAAGCCGACUCUUCAUCAUUAAAUCUUGCAUCCGCGCAAGAUAUGACAGUGGAAACGAAAGGACAGAUAGAAUCUCAAAGUGUACCCAACGAAUGAUGAAGUGGAAUCGGAAACUAAACUGUUAAAUAUAUUGAAUCAUUACGUACAAAACUUGACAAAUAUAUACAAGGUAUCAGAUUUUAAUUAACAAAAAU